AUGGGAGUUGUUCCAGUUUUCACUUGGGUGAAAAACAAGGAGGAGAGCUGGAGACUUAAACCAAUCAACCAAUUGCUUUCAUUUCAUAUGGCGAUUAGGAAAACAGAUGAGGCCGUCAUGAUGUCUGCCAUCCAGGAACUGUGUCUGUGGCAAAUGAAUAAAUGGCUGAAUUUCACAUCAUGGGGAACUGUUGACAUUCAGGGAUGUGACCAUAGAAUUCUCUUUGGAGGAGUGGGAGUUUCUGAAACCUGCUCAGCAGAAUUUGUAUAGGAAAGUGAUGCUAGAGAACUACAGAAACCUGGUCUCUCUGGGUCUUACUGUUUCUAAACCAGAACUGAUUAGCUGUCUGGAGCAAAGACAGGAGCCCUGGAAUGUGAAGAGACAUGAGACCAUAGCCAAACCCCCAGCUAUAUCUUCUCAUUACCCUGAAGACUUUUUGCCAGAACAGGGCAUGAAAGAUUCAUUCCAAAAAGUGAUACUGAGAAGAUAUGGAAGCUGUGGACUUGAGGAUUUACAUUUAAGGAAAGGUGGGGAAAAUGUGGGUGAGUAUAAGGAUCAAGAAAAAAGUUAUAAUGGACUUAACCAAUGUUUGUCAACUCUACCUAGCAAAAUUUUCCCAUAUAAUAAAUGUGUGAAAGCCUUUAGUAAAUCAUCAAAUCUAAAUAGACAAAACAUAAGACAUACUACAGAGAAACUUUUCAAAUGUAUACAAUGUGGCAAAGUCUUUAAAUCGCACUCAGGCCUUUCUUAUCAUAAGAUAAUUCAUACCGAAGAGAAACUCUGCAUGUGUGAGGAAUGUGGCAAAACCUUUAAGUGGUUCUCAUACCUUACUAAACAUAAGAGAAUUCACACUGGAGAGAAACCAUACAAAUGUGAAGAAUGUGGCAAAGCUUUUAACUGGUGCUCGAGUCUUACUAAACAUAAGAGAAUCCAUACUGGUGAGAAACCCUACAAAUGUGAAGAAUGUGGAAAAGCCUUUCACUGGUGUUCGCCCUUUGUUAGACAUAAGAAAAUUCAUACUGGAGAAAAGCCAUAUACAUGUGAAGAAUGUGGCAAAGCAUUUAACCGGCACUCACAUCUCACCAAACAUAAGACAAUUCACACUGGAAAGAAACCCUACCAAUGUAAAGAAUGUGGGAAAGCCUUUAACCACUGCUCACUACUUACUGUCCAUGAGAGAACCCAUACGGGAGAGAAACCCUAUAAAUGUGAAGAAUGUGGCAAAGCUUUUAACUCAUCAUCGAUUCUUACUGAACAUAAGGUAAUUCAUAGCAGAGAGAAACCCUACAAAUGUGAAAAAUGUGACAAAGUCUUUAAGAGGUUCUCAUACCUUACGAAACACAAGAGAAUUCACACUGGAGAGAAACCCUACAAAUGUGAAGAAUGUGGCAAAGCUUUUAACUGGUCCUCAAUCCUUACUGAACAUAAGAGAAUUCACACUGGAGAGAAACCUUACAACUGUGAAGAAUGUGGAAAAGCCUUUAAUCGGUGCUCACACCUUACUAGACAUAAGAAAAUUCAUACUGCUGUCAAACGCUAUAAAUGUGAAGAAUGUGGCAAAGCUUUUAAACGGUGCUCACAUCUUAAUGAACAUAAGAGAGUUCAAAGAGGAGAGAAAUCCUGCAAGUAUAAAAAAUGUGGAGAAGCUUUUAAUCACUGCUCAAACCUUACUACAUAAGAAUUUUUACUAAAGAAAAAUCCUACAAAUGCAAACAAUGUGGCAAAGUCCUUAAAUCUUGCUCAAGCCAUUGAAAUCACAAGAUAAUUCAUACUGGAGAGAAACACUACAAAUGUGAAGAAUGUGGGGAAUGUCUUCAACCAUUGCUCACACCUUAUUGCACAGAAGAAAAUUCAUACUGAGAAAAAUUCUGAUUUUAAAGAAUGUGGCAAAGCAUUUGAUAACUACUGUGAACUUACUCAUCAGAGGUUUUGUGCUAGAUAAAAGCAAUAUAAGUGUAAUGAUACACAUUACAUUGAUCUGUGGAAAGAUAUCACCAAAUAAACGUCUUAGAGUGCACAAGGUGUAAUGAUAGGGAUACACUACAUUUGUAUGUGGAAAGACUUCAAAAAUAUAAGCCUUAGAGUACAUAAGAGUUUUUAUACUGAAGAAAAACAUUACAAAUAUAAAGAUUGGUGCAAUACUUUGACUUAUGUUACAGAUUUUGUUGUACAUAGGAGAAUUUAUGCUGAAGGGUAACCCUCUAACAGUUGCUCAAAUUUUAUUCAAUUUUAGAGAAUUUAUAUUGGAAAGAAACCCUAUAACUGUAAUGAAUAUGAAAAAAAUUGUUUCAAAAGUACACCUUAGAAAAUGCUAGAGAGUUUAUAUGAAAGCAUUUAACAGAUACAAUGAAUAUAAAAAAUUAAUCAAAAAUCAAGUCUAAAUGAACAUCAGAAAAUUCACAGUAGAAACCACUAAGACGCUAACAAUUUCAAUGUUACUCUAAAUCAGGGUAUUGAUUAUAAAGAAUAAUUCAAAGUUAACAUAAUUUAGUUAGGCUAAACGGGAAUAGGAGAUGAACAGUUUGAGACAAUUAUAUUCAAAGUACACUGUUUUUGCAUUGAAAGAAUUUUAGAUUUUUACAAAGGCAAAUUUUGAUGUAAUUGAACUCUCAAAUUACUUGAUGCUGUGUCUUUAUUCCUAGUGUCUGUGUGAAAGCAUGUGGUCAAUUUCUGCUGCUUGGGGUUUGAGAGGUUCUAUAUUAGGAUAUCAUUUAUGUCCUUUUCAACAGAAGAUUGAGGACACUGAAAUGUGAGGUGUGUGAAGAAAGUCUACACAGAGUAACUUUUGUGGUUGACUUAUAAAACUGUUGUAAGUGCUGCAUGAGAUAGAUGUUCAGAGUAAUAGUCUUGUGCAUUAUUCAAAUUUUAGUCAAUUGUUUUACCGAUUGCACAUUAAUAUAAUAUAGUGGAUUUUGUAAUGCUUUUCUUAGACUGUGUGAACUUCAUUCGUUUUAAUAAAACAAAAUUGUCUUUAAUG